CCAACAGUGGAGGAUCUGGAACGCAAUGAUGGCACAGCGGACAGACCAUACUUCAUGCCAGAGAGACUGCUCUCCAUCCUCAAGAAGUCCAAUGAGGGGGUGAAAACAGUGGACUAAGGAAAGAAGGAAAGAUUUAUAGAGAAACAAAGAAGUGUAGGGACAGAAAAAUAGAGAUAUUUGCCAUACUUGCACUGAUUUUAUAGCUCAGGCACCAGUGAGUAAUACCAGUCAUUACAGCCAAAAGUGUUACAUAUUUGUUACUUUUGUUUUUGCUUAUUACAUGGGUUUGUAUUUGUAUACAUUAUGCUUUAUUAGACUAGGCACAACUGUCCUAAUAUCUUUUUCAGUUUCCUUUGAAUGUCUCUGUUACUGAAUUACUUUAAAUGCGUUAGGCCUAUUCUCCUGAUGACAGUUAAUGAUAACCAUUUUUAUACCUGACAACGUUUGAAUAUAAUGAAAUUUAAUUUUGAUAUGUUUCUGCAGUGUUUUUCAGUGCGUCCAUUUGACGUAGCCAUUUUUGUGUUACUACUUGUAUUGUUUGUUGCGGAGUGUAAAUAAUUCUGUGACGUUGGGAAGAACUAAUAAAUAUUAAUUAGGUCAAGAACGUAAUGUAUUAUUUUCCGGGGCGUAAUGGUACGUAACUUAAUAUUCAUGAGACAACGAUACUUAGUUCAGUUACUAGGCAACCAGUUGACAACACAAACGAGGCUCUUGUGGGCAAGGCUAUAGUGGGGAAAGAAAUCCAUCUAUAAACACCAAUAUAAUAAAUGUUCAUAAAAAUGCCCGCCACGUCUGUCUCAGAGGACAUCGAGCCCCCUACCCAUGAUGAAAUUUCGGAGCUCCAAAGAAAAAUUCAUCUUCUGAAUGGAGACUAUUCGAUAGCGCAUAUCGAAAACUCUCAGUCUGCCAAGAACAUAGAAACUAUCCUGCAGCUGAGACUUGGGAAUGCAAACCUGCACAAGAAACAGCAUGAGGGAGAUGAACAAGUUAUCAAGGAUGCUUUUCUAGGCCAUGGGAUGGAGAAAGAAUCUUUCAGGAACAUGUCUGUAAAGGCAGCUCAGACGGUGCUGAAGAAGCAGGUGUGUGAUCAAAUGAAGAAGCAGAAUGCUAUGAAACACACCACUCAGACACAGAGGCAGCAUUUAGAGGACUUGAAGUUCCUGAUAUUUAAGCCACAGAACAGUAGUCCUUUGCCUGACACCCAGAAAGGAGAGGAGGAAAAGAAACUGCGCAUUCUGGAAAACAGUUUGGAGAAAUCACAGCUGAAAUACCAUGAAGCAGUGCACAUAACGCGAGGAUACAGCAAGCUGAAGGAGCACCUACAGGAAGAGAGUCUUACAUUUCAACCUCAGCUGGACAAGAUGGAGACAGAGGUCUAUUGGCAGACACAAGUGCUCAGAGACCUACAGGUCAUGAACAACAACGUUCUCCUGUUCAAGGAUGCAGCCAAGGCUGAGCUGCAGCUUCAGGAGGAGCAGGUGUACCGAGAGCGCAGAGAAAGAGAGAAAAUCCUCUCCCGCUACAAAAAGCAGGCGGAGGAGAGGAUGGAUCAGGCAGAGAGGAUGAAGAGAAGACCCCAGUGGGUGUCCAUGAACCCUGAUGAGCUGAGCAGUGAGGCCCCGCGCACUCCCACCACAGUAGGAGAGGAAGAAGAAGAAUCCAUCUCUACUUUUGAGGAAGCUUUCCAGCACGCCAAAGAGGCCACUGGAGUCACAGACUCACAGGAAAUAGUGGACAGGUUUAUCUCUCAGGGAGAGACACAGGAACAUUUGGAGAAAAUGAAGGCUGAAAAUGAGAGAAUGCUGCUUGAACUGAAGGAAGAGAGGAGUAUGUCACAGACUCAGUAUCAGGAUGUAAAAUACUCACGAGAAACUGAAUUCUCAAGUGUCCGACAGAUCCUGCAGGACUGUGAGCAUGACUUGCAGCAGGAGCAGCAGCAUUGUGAUGCAGCUAAAGAUGGCCUGGAGAGACUCACACAUACACUAAACACUGUCAAAGCAGGAGUGCAGCAGCUCAGUGACAAACUACAGCCCAUACCCCUGAUGAAGGAUCCAUCACCACAGCUGCCUUUAGACUCAGAAGAACACAUGCUGCAGCUGAUGUCUGAGGCUGACCAGAAACUGAUGCUGCUAAAGGAGGAACUACAGGGCAAAGAUCUGGCAACCUUCGUGAAGGAGUUGGAGGAAGAAGAGUUCCAUGCCAGAAUAGCAGGGAAACUACCACAGUACAACACUCGCAUUCAGCUACCUGAGACCCAGAAACAGGACUUUUUUGAUGAUGAGGAGGACAGCGGCGUUGAUGACGGUGAUGUCACCAACCGUGUCACACUGAAGCACCAGUCACAGUCAAUCAUUGAUGCAAACACCAGGAGGAAGACUCGCAUCAAAAAGAGGAAAGGCCAACUCUGAUCUGAUCCAGUAAAAGGAAGAGAGACCAAUUUUAAAACAUCAGCUGUAGCAACACACUUCCUGGAAGCUUUAUCUCCAUUCGUCUGCACAUUCAUGCUUAAGAAAAUAAAUG